AUGGAAAAUUGUCCAUUAAUCCACUCCAAAUUGACCCUACAAUCAGCUGCUUGCCAGCUAGAAAAGGUGCUCAAGCUUUCCCAGAAAAGUAAAGCAACCAACCGGAAGCUGGCGGACGGCGAGCUGGAAUUGAUGAAAAAUCUCUGCAAAGCCGAUAACAACCGGAUCUGCCAACUGGCCACGGAAGCCUUCCUGCUGCUGGCCAAGGAUGGGACCGUCGAUCAGGGACAGGUGCUCGGUAUUCUUAUGACGAUUCUGCCGACUUCCAGCCCCGCACAAUUCACCACGAUCGGGAGUGCGAUUUUUGAGUUGCUGCUGCUGGAUCUUCGACGCCGUUGUGCGCUCGCCGUAACCACUGGACGGGGUUACGCUUGCCAGUUCGAUCUUAAAGCCCCACAGCAUCCGAUCAUUCAACUCCUGGAGAAGUGUGAAGCUGGCUGUAUGAUCAUUUUCCAGGAAAUGAUCGCAUCAACCCUUGAGGGCCACAAUAGCGAGCCCGAGAUUCGGGAGAAUUGUGUAGAAUUCCUGAGACCCGUGCUGUUACACCUGUUCGUUAAUGUCCGCUCCUUUCCGGAUUGCUACAAACUGUGGCGGUUGCUUGUGGCCAAGGCAACGGACGACCCGAAGGCGGAGGAUCUUCUCUUUGAGAUUUUGGCUUGGCGACGAGACACGACUGCGCCUCACACGUGCUAUACCGUUUCUCUGCUACUGGAGGGUUUGGAUGCUCUACAAGGAUCAAGCGAUGAUCAUUUGCUCCAUCUACGGCUGGAGAUCGCCAUCUAUCUAGCAGCGAUUUUGAAGGAGUACAUCAGCUUCAAUAACGAUCCGACCAGAUGUUUGAAUGUCCUUCAAGAUGUAUGUGAAGAUGCCUUAAAACAUGAUCCUGUUCCCCAGUUGGACGCUCUACUGAUGAUAUUCAUCGAUCUACUGACCGUGGUCUCUCCGAUGAAGCAGUACGGUGUGGUAAAGAUCAUAAGCAGCCUAUUUCCAAGCUGUGGCGCAUUCAGUCGUAUGAUGGCAAAGGAGGCCAUGAUUCAAUUGCUCGGUCAACCAUCUUAUGCCACGCAGCAUGUACCGUUGUGUGAUAAGAUACUUAAAGAUACCUCUGAGGAGCUUGCGAAACCGCUCAAUCCUACCAGACAACCGCUUAAGACUACCUACUAUCACACCGAUCUUGCUAAGUGGACAUUGAUUUGUAGCUGGUCGUCGACUUCUCCCACGGCUUUAGAGGAGUACUUCCGUGCCGAUCGUUCGCUACGUUGCCUGCGAUUCUCCAGCUGCCUCGGUUCCAUGUAUCGUGCCAUAUUUGUAACGACCACUUUCGAGGACGAUGUUUGGCGGGCCAACUUCCGGGCGCUAGUCGCAAUGAUGAAGAGCAACGAUGUACAAGCGACGCAGUGCAUGAUUCCUCUCCUGUACGGUCUGGCACAGCAACAGGAUCCUGGCAGAAGGCUGCACAUACUGCAAACUUUGGCCGCGACCGGUGCCAAAGAGAACGUGAUCGGUAUAUUGAAAGCAAUGACAAAGGAUCUCGAUCGAGCGACUUGUUUGGAUCUAUACCUAAGGCUGUGGAAAGCGGAACCGCGUACCUACCCAUUGCUGUACGAUCUUCUGAAGGAUACCAGUCGACCAUCGGCCAAGGCUGACCUUUGGGAGCAUACCAUCGCUCGAGCGUACACGAUUCGAGAAGUUUGUCUAAUCAAACCCCAACAACAUGGCGAAGAUCUGGUGAAUCUGUUUUCGGAAAUCUUGAGCAACCCCAAUGAUGCCGAUAAUGAAGUCGCUGUCUGUCUUUCACUCGAUGCCAUCUCGAGCCUUUGUGAGCAUCAAGUGGUGAACAUUGUCUCGACCUGGAAAGUGCUUGGCUUUCGUUUUGCCGACGAAUGUCGUCCACGUGUUAUUCGGUGCUUAUGCCGAUUUUUCGCCAACGUUCCUCUGAUAAAGGUCACCUCUCAAGAGCAGGAACGCUUGGUGAACCACAUAAUUGCUACACUGUGGCACUACGUUACGGAUUAUGAUGAUGGAGAAAUCAUCGGUGCUGCGCUUGACACGCUAAAGCAUUUUAAUCCAAACUCGCUAACACUGCGCCAGAUACCGGAACUGUUUCGCCAGGGAAUCGAUUUACCUGAACCGAAUGCAGAUGAUGGGAGUUCCACUGCAGACAGUCCCGGUUCCGUACCACCCGAGUGCUGGAUCCAGCUUGUGCAGUACACCAAUCUUAGUGCGAUCGAUGCGGCAGGUGAUCUGGUAGCGUACUACAUCGCUCGCGAGAUGGAAACAUUCCGGGGUGGUGUGUAUCAAACCCCGGAAGGUAGACCAGAGCCUUCGAACCUUAAAUAUCUACCCCGCGCCAGCAUACUGUCCACGAUCGUUAACUAUCUAAUCGCACAGAGCACCAAAUUUGCCACGAGCAGUACCACCAGCGAGCAGGUGCUGGUUCAACUGUUGCGCAUCGUUGCCAGGAAGUACUCCAAGCCGAUACCACCGCUAAACUGGUGCUUCCUUCACGAGUACUUUUUGAAUUGCUUCGAAAUGCGUGAUUACUGUGUGCAGAUUGCGAUCAAACAGAUGCCCUACUCUGGUACGGCCAAACGGAUGCUGGAAAACUAUCUGAACGAACUGUGCGAAACGGUCAUGCUCGAGGAAGAUUUGGUGAAAAUAUUCGCCCACCUGGAGGCCAUCACGGAAACGGUCCAAACGCCCAUCUACAAGCGGUUCGUCCAUUUGGGGCUCCAUUUUCUAGCGGAACGCGCGGAGGACAAGCGAUUUGCGGAUAGUUCGGCCUUCCUACAAGCGCUGGAACUGGUUGGUAAAGUUUUGGAGGGUAACUGCAGCAACGAAGAAAACUUUGAGGUGCUCGCUGAAACGCUGAAAGGAUUCUUCGGAAGAUUCGAUCUCGACACCGAGAUAUUUCGAAAGUAUGUUGACGUGUUGGUUCUACUGCCACGCACUCAAUUAGACAGCUUUCCUACUGUAACCGAAGAUACAUCAUUGAUGGCACUACAAAAGAAGAUUUAUUUCGAGUUUGCCGUUCGCACACAGAAUCCAACAAUUACGGUGAUGCCGGUGGUUGAAAGUAUUGCCAAGGCUGUAACCAGUAACAGCGAAGACUCGCAACUGUUGGUCGUUUAUUUCCUCGAACAACUGUACGAAUUCGUGGAGCGCUUUAACGAGCCAGCGAUCGUUGGUAAACCAUUGAUCACCUUCGUCGAUGAACUAAUCAGUAGCACACAGUCGGCACUGGUUUCGAUGGAUCUACAAUCGAUACGGUUCAUGCUGGACACGUUUAUGAUCAGCGUGAUUAGCUUUUCAGGAUGGGGCACACUAUAUGGCGCGUAUAGCAUCUCCUUUGAUCGGUCUCUGCGGAUGCAGCUGUUUCCUGUCGCUCUGGUUACACUGUUUGAGCAAAAUUGUUGGCGAGAGAUCGAAAUCAAGAUUUAUGAGGUCCUCUACCAUCUGUAUGGCGUGUCGACUUUACCGAGCAAUCUAGCAGAGUGUUUUAGAAACACGCUAAUAUGCUGUAAGAAGCAGCCAUACUUCCAACAGUCCAAAACGUGGCCUAAAUAUGCAUCAAUGAGAAGGAUUUAAUUCGAAGGCGAUGCUUUAAAUCUUGUUUUUCUUAAAUAAACCUUUUUUU